ACACCUCAGACUUUACUUGGAAAUAAUCAAUGUUCACAGCCACAGGGUUCAGUUCACCGGUGGGCCGAAGGGCUUGAUUUAUUAUACCGAGAUCCACCAAUGUGCAAUAUCCGCAAAGCACUGCUGGAUAUCAGACGUUAUGAGAAAGAGCAUGUGAACUGAAGCGAAACUAAACUAAACGCUCGAGGUGAACGAAACAUUCAUUCCCAAAUCUUUACUAGCCAGAGGAACUUUAGAUUUCUCACUGGUCGCUCUGUCAUGGCUUUGGGAAUAUAAUCAGCUUCCCAGAUAUUUUAUUGAAUAUCUUCAUUGAAAUUGCACCACUGAGCUCUAAAUCUUACAUUACCAAAAUGUUUUUUCUGUCAUGUCAUGUGUAGUCGCUUUGUCAGAGCUCGGAGGAAUCAGAUGCUGAAACAGAGCAUGGUCUUGUUUCCCUCAAGCCUCUCGCAUCACAUGCAUCGCAUUUCUUUAACAGCUGUGCAGUAGAUAACAGAAAACGCUGGUACCAAAUUAAGUUCCUCUGAAUCAAGGAAUGGAGGAUCAGGUGGAUCGUGGCUUCUUCAGGAAAGUGGAUGUACCAGAUCAUGCACACUAUAUAGUGGCGUUUUUUGUAGCAGUAAUCGGGGCUUUAGGGAUCACUGGGAAUAUCCUGGUCAUGUAUGCCUUCUUCAGUAACAAGAAGCUUCGAACGCCACCAAACUACUUCAUCAUGAACCUCGCGGUGAGCGAUCUUCUCAUGGCCGUCACUCAAUCGCCCAUCUUCUUUGUCAACUGCUUAUACAAGGAAUGGGUGUUUGGUGAAAUGGGUUGUAAGAUGUACGCCUUCUGCGGGGCGUUGUUCGGAAUCACAUCCAUGAUCAACCUGUUGGCGAUUUCAAUCGACCGCUACGUCGUGAUCACCAAACCCUUACAGUCCAUUCAGUGGACAUCCAGACGUCGAACGCUCCUCAUCAUCCUAACGGUCUGGAUCUACUCGCUGGCCUGGAGUCUGGCACCUCUUCUGGGAUGGAGUUCUUAUAUUCCAGAAGGCCUCAUGACUUCUUGCACGUGGGACUACGUGACAUCGACUCCAGCGAAUAAAAGCUACACACUGAUGCUCUGCUGUUUUGUCUUCUUCAUUCCUCUGGGAAUCAUCUCGUACUGCUACAUCUUCAUGUUCCUCGCCAUUCGUAAUGCCAGCAGAGAUGUGGAGAAGAUGGGAAGUCAAAUGAGGAAAACCACCCUGACCCAGGAACAGUCCAUCAAGACAGAAUGGAAGCUGGCAAAGAUUGCGUUUGUGGUCAUCAUUGUCUUUGUGUUGUCCUGGUCUCCGUAUGCCUGUGUCACUCUUAUUGCCUGGGCAGGGUACAGCCACGUUCUGUCACCGUACUCAAAGGCAGUACCUGCAGUGAUCGCUAAAGCAUCAGCAAUAUAUAACCCAUUCAUCUACGCCAUCAUACGCUCCAAAUACAGAGACACACUUGCAGAGAAAGUGCCAUGUUUGCAUUUUCUAGCGCAGUCAUCACGUAAAGACUUCAUCUGUGUGUCGAACAGCGAGUCUUCAUUCAAAGAACCUGUGAUCAGCAGACCGUCCUCUGGAUUUCAGUGUGUCUCCUCCAUCUCUACUGGUGACACGGUCUGGAGUGAUGUUGAGUUAGAUCCUAUGGACCAGGAGGGUCAGUUUGUCAAAAAUUCACAAUCAGCCAAUCAGCUGCUAGAUGAAACGCUGAAGACUCAACAGGGCAAGAUGAAGAUGAAGGGAAGCUCAGGAGAAGACUUUAGUAAAGAGACGCUUAGCCGUUCUUUGAGAAGUUCUGGUCCUGACAUGAUAUCUGAGUCUGUCAUCAUGUCUACCGUACCUCUUCUCAUGACCAAAGACAAUCCAGAGGAGGAGGAGGAGGAGGAAGAUUCCCUAACAAGACAGGAGGACAGUAUCUCUGUAAGCCCCCGGAGCAAAGGUUUGGCUUUUUAUGAAGACACAGACACACCGGUCAGCCUCACAUCUGAGAAGGAUCUGCUGGAGGAGAAAACCAGAGAAGAUGAGUUUAUAUUCGGCCUGAGGACCUCAACUGAGCUCUUAGAUUCUGUGCAGAAGUUUCUGUCGUGAAGCAGAGACCUGAAGAUCUUCUCUAAAGAGACAAUCAAAGGUGAAGACCUCUGGAUUUAACAUCAGUAGGGAAAUUUCUUCAACUUCAUGCGACUCAUGCCAUGUGUGGAGAUACUGUACAAGAUCCUUUCACAAUACAGUUACACUUCUACCAUAUGGAUAAAGACACUUUACAGACAACUUUCUACCGAAACUACAAGGUGUACAAUAUUGUUUAACUGAGAGAGAUUAACUCACAUCAUAAUGAGACAAAAAAAGGUUUCUUAAUUUAGUGAAAUUAUUUUUUUAUUAUACAAUAUAGCUUGAGAUUGUAAACUUCACUUCACGCUGUGACUUUCCUGCACCAUAUGAUGUGCUCAAUAAGUGUCACAUUUCUAAAUUACGCACCCAUGUCUCCCGUGAAUUAUUAUUUAUUCUUCACUUCUUUACUGUAGUGACAUAUAGCUAAAAGCAUUUCUCCAGUCUCUGUCUGUAUGUGAACUUGUGUAAUCACGACCUAAACCUCACAUCAAGUUACCUUUAUAUUCCUGACAGAUAUUUGGCACAUGACAGGUUAUGUCAGUGGUUCUCAGCUUGGGGUGGCCCAGUUUUAUGACAUUUUAUAAAAUAAAUUUAUUUAUAAUAAAAUCUGUGUAAUUAAACCUUAGAAGAACAAGGCUACUAUACCAACAUCACUAUGUUGUAUAAUUUAUUAUUUUUAAGUUUUAGAAGGGUUUAUUUCAUAUUGCAGUGGAUUAAAAGAAGUGAAGAAAAUCAAGCACAAAAGCCCAGUAUGAUUUUAAUGACCACAUUUCCAGGAUUACUCCUCAUUUAUCUGGAAAUGAGCGCAUUUGUUCAUUUAAGUACUGAAAGCCUCAGGUUAAGCCUAAAGGUCAAAGCGUUACAUAAAACAGUCACAUGAUGUGUUAACAUAUAAACCUCAAUGUUACUUAUGAAGAUAUUUGCCAUAUUUGUGUAGAAAGUAUUAGGCCUACCAUACUACAUCAGAGAAUAUCAUAGUGUAUGUCUGAAAAACAUAAUGUUGUCCCUUUAUUGUGAUGUUUCUGAUUUCAUAUUCCUGUGUAAGAGAUUCAAUAAAUU